GGGAGCCGUCGCGUUGCGAUGUCGCUGUGGCUGCGGCGGGGCCGCGGCCCGGAGCGCUGGGCGGCCGAGCGGCGGGAGCUGCAGGAGCGCAGCCGGCAGCAGUGGGAGAGCACCAGCCGCGCCUUCGCCCGCGCCGCCGCCGCCUGCUCCCUGCAGGCGCGGUGGAGCGAGCCCCGCGUCCCCCCGCCCAGCGCGGCGGCGGCGCGGCGGGACGCGGAGGAGGCGGCGGCGCGGCUGGAGCGGCGGCGGGAGCGGCUGCGGCGGCUGCUGGGCGAGGAGCGGGAGGCGCUGGCGGCGGAGCUGCGGGAGCGGCGGCGGAGCGGGAUGCGGAGCCAGCAGCUGCGGGACGGCCCCGGAGAGUGCGGGAGGAAGUUUACUGAGCCGCCGCUGCAGGAGCGCUGGAACAAAAACAACGCAGAGCUCCCAGAGGCAGAGUCUGAGCUGCACAGGAAGCACAUGAAGGAGGCUUGGGGUGAUCAGCUAACACAACAAACCACGGAAGAGGCGGCCAAACAUGGAGAGAAGAAACGUUAUGAAAACGAGUACAAAACAACACGAGGAGAAGUGCUGGAAAGAAGGAGCCAAGAGGAAGAGAAGCCUCAGCUGGAGGAGACCUUGCUUCAGCAGAUAGAAGAACUGAAACUGCAGGAGACAAAGGCAACAAAGCUGAAAAAGGAACAAGAGAAUUUAUUAAAGCAGCAGUGGGAGCUGGAGAAUUUGGAAGAAGAAAGGAAACAAAUGGAAGAGCAACGGAGGAAGAAAGAGCUCGGUCGCUUUUUGAAGCAUCAGUGUGAUGUCCAGUUAAGGAGACGAGUGCAGCAGGUACAGGAGGAGCUGGAGACAGACAGGCAAAUCUUAUCAACCCUCCUGGAGAAAGAAGAGGAGGAUCAGAGCUGGCAGAGCCCGCGGCGGGGACGGGCGGUGGCAGACGUGGCCUGGAUGAAGAAAGUCAUUGAGGAACAGCUCCAGCUGGAAAAGGAGAGGGAAGCAGAGCUUGAGACUAUCUUCAGGGAAGAAGCAAGAAAAAUGUGGGAGAAAAGGGAAGAAGAAUGGGAAAGAGAGAAGGUGGCCAGAGAUCGCCUGAUGAGUGAGGUCCUUGCAGGCAGGCAGCGCCAGAUCCAAGAGAAGAUGGAACUAAACAGGAGGGCCCAAGAAGAAUCCAUUAAAUAUCGAGAGCAGCUGAUCAAAGAACUCGAGGAGGCCAAGGAAGUGACUCGUCAGGAGAAGGAGCAGGAGGAGGAGCAGCAGAGAGCCCACAGGAGGGAGCUGCAGGCACAGGGCACUGAGCACAGCUUGGGAGAGGAGCAGCAGCAGCAGGAGGGAUCAGCCCGGCAGCACCUGGAGGAGCUGGAGCAGCAGGAGGCCAAGCAGGGCUGGCACAGCAGGGUAAAGUCACAGCAGGGUCACCCUGGCACAGGGGUCACCCCCACACACAAGCCCAUCAUAGAGAGUGACACCAUCAUUGUGUCUGAUCUUUCUACAGUUACCCAAGAGCAGCUUGGACCUGAGGAAUGA